AAGACAGUCAUUAUACUCGACAGAGAGCACAUCAUAAGAGUUAUUGAUUUAAUUUAAAAAAAACAAAAGCAAAAAAAAAAACCGCGUGCCAUAAUGGCCAGACUCUUAGUGUUUCUGGCCAUCUUGGCGUGUUUUAGCCAAACGAUAUGUGCCGAAUAUUUCACCGAAUUCACAGCCGACAAGGACUAUCUUCUAAAGCAAAAACGUAUAUACAAUAUUGUUUAUCAUCUCUCACAACCGGAAAUAAUCAAUCCUGAUCUCUACAAAGAAGGCCAAGCAUGGGACAUAAAAGCCAACAUGGAUUCGUACACCAACAGUACUGCAGUGAUGGAAUUCCUACGUCAUUGGGAAAAUGGAAUGUUACCGCGAGGAGCACUUUAUUCUAUGUUCUAUCCAGAACUUUUACAUGAAACAAAAGCCCUAUUUCGAAUUUUCUGGUAUGCAAAGGAUUUUGAGACAUUCUAUAAAACUGCCCUUUGGGCUAGAGCUCAUAUUAACGAGGGUAUGUUUUACACUGCUUUUGCUCAAGCUGUCAUCAGACGUCCAGACACCAAGUACAUAAGGCUACCAGCGCCUUAUGAAAUCUAUCCAUACUCCUUUUUCAAUUCAGAAGUCCUAGAGAAGGCUCAUCAUCCAAAGCGAUUCGGAAAAAUGGAAUCGAAAGGUGAUUUAGAAACGUACUACAUAUCUGCAAAUUAUUCUGGUUGGUAUUUGAAUCUUGAUUCCGAUGAGGAACACAAACUCUCAUACUUCACUGAGGAUAUUGGUCUCAAUACCUAUUACAUGUACUACAGAUUUGAAUAUCCAUUUUGGUUAAAUAGUGAUGAGUUUGAUUUAACAAAAGGAUAUCGAGGCGAAGAAUAUCUUUAUGGACAUAAACAACUUUGGAAUCGAUAUUUCUUAGAACGUUUAUCAAAUGAUUUAGGAUACGUUGAAGAUUUCGAUUGGGAUAGAGAAUUCCACACAGGCUAUUUCCCAACAAUGACCUUCCACAACAGCUUCCCAUAUCCUCAAAGAUCUCAUUGGGCCCGCUUUCCUGAACACAAGUACAAGUACAUUCAGCACAUCAAAGAUUACGAAUUUCGCAUAUCAGCCGCAAUUGAUUCUGGUUUUAUUCUAAAAGAAGAUGGAAAAUGGGUGAAUAUUUACACUCCCGAAGGUUUCAGUUAUUUAGGAAACAUCAUUGAGGGUAACAAAGAUUCCUUAAAUCUUCCAUUUUACGGGAGCUUCGAUUUUUAUGCAAGAAAAAUAUUAGGAUUCAAUCUCGAACCAAAUAAUCCUUAUCAAAUUAUUCCAAGUGCUUUAGAAUACUACGAUACAAGUAUGAGGGAUCCUGCUUUCUACAGAUUGUACAAAAGAAUCUUUAACUAUUGGUGCAGGUUAGUACAUUCAUUAAAAGAAAACUAUGAAAAAAUAUUUAUAAAAAAUCUAUUUAAUAGAUACAAGAACCAUAUGAAGAACUACAAGAAGGAAGAGGUAGUUUAUCCAGAAUUUAAAAUUGAAUCGGUAGUCAUUGACAAACUUCAAACAUACUUUGAUCAAUACGAAACGCCUAUUGGUGCUGGAUUGAGUGUUGAGAGCGAAAAAGAAGCAGAAUCCACGCAAAUUAAAGUUCGCCAAUAUCGUCUUAAUCAUAAACCCUUUAAAUUUCAUUUUACGGUUAAUUCCGAAAAAUCAACUAAAGCUGUAAUGAGAAUUUUCCUUGGACCAAAAUACGAUGCACAUCAUAAACUUUACGACUUCCGAGAUAGUUAUAAAUAUUUCUAUGAAAUCGAUCAGUGGAUAUUAGACCUGAACGCGGGUAUGAACAAGAUAGAACGUUCAAGUCAAGACUUUUUCUUUAGUAUUCCUGACUUGGAACCAAGUGACAUCUUCUAUAAGAGAUUAACAAAGGCCAUUGAAGGUGAACCCUUCAAGUAUCAAGGACGUCUCUAUGGGUUCCCAGAUAGGCUUUUAUUGCCAAAGGGUAAACGAGAAGGAAUGCCAUUCCAAUUCUUCAUUUAUAUUUGUCCUCUGACAAGUGAAGCAAUGAAGUAUUCAUCAAGAAUAUUUGGCGAUUAUUACAUGGAAUCUAAACCCUUUGGUUUCCCUCUAGACAGGCCAAUUUAUGAAUUUAAAUUCGAUGGACCUAACAUGUUCUUCAAAGAUGUUAACAUAUUCCAUAAAGACGAGUAUGAACUAAACAUCACUCACUAGUUACUUUUUAAUGCUUAAUUCACAAUUAUCUAUACUUUCCAUUCUCUCUUUUCUUAUACAUCUCUCUCCAUUCAAAAUUGUAUUGAUUAUCAUAUACUAAUAAAAAAAAACCUCUCUAAUAAGCGAAAAAUUAUCAUUAGUGAGUUGAAUAAAUUUUAAUGUAGACUAUAAUGUAGAUUUAUAGAAAAUAAAAUGAUUAGCUUAAGAAA